UGGUAUUUAUUUAUGUAAUGCAAUGGUGUCAGAAGCGAGCCCAGCGUUAUCCAAUGCAAGGAAAACGCAAGAAAACAAUCUGCGAGGCUGUCAUUAAGAGAAGCUUAACAGAUACAUCGGCGGGUCUCUAAAUCAGACCUUUUGGCUUUGCACUGCGUUGAUGGAGUUCGGAGGAAGCAGCAAACCCAAAGCUAUCGGACCGAAGCGGAGUCAGCCAAUUCAUCAUGCACAAAUAGGGGAAACGUUACUCUCAAAACAAAAACUGAGAAAUGAUUGACAAUGGAUAAACAUAGACAUUAAAUCCACAUAGAGUCUGCUGAAGAGGGAAUUUGGAAAAAAAAACAUGCGCGUGGCACCAGUAACACAAUUUUGCAGAACGGCCUUUAUAAGCUUGUGUUAUGAAAGGAGCGUUUACGAAAUGAUAUAGGACAGAGCUGUCGCGUGUAAUGUUAAAUAAUUUUCAGUGAUGUCACGUUACAUGAACGUAGAAUAAAGCUAUUUAUUUAGUUGAAAACGAGCCUUUUCUGUUCAACUAAGGAGAAAGCUAUCGCCGGAUAAAAAAGCAUGGAUCUGCUGGAGUGUCCGAUCUGUCUGUUCCUCAUGUGCGAGCCCGUGACCAUGACUUGCGGUCACUCGUUCUGCAGGAGGUGCAUGGGCUCUUUCCUGCCCUCGCGAUGCCCCACGUGCAAAGAACGAUUAAAACAGAGAGACGCGAAGAACAUCAAAAACAACGUUUUAAUCUUCAGCGUCAUUGAGAAAUGUUGCCCAGACGAAACCAAAAUGAAGUGUCACAUUCAGGAGAAGCUGAAAACGAGCGAGUUUACGGAGGCGCUGCGUAUUGCGGAUGAAGGAAUAGAGAUGGCCCCUGAUGAUGUGAGCCUGAAGGUAUGGCGGGCUGAGGCCUGCAUGGGCCUUCGCCGCUUUUCUGAUGCCCUGCGUGACCUGGAUGACCUCUGCUGUGUGCGUCCUAACUGGACUGAGGGUUUCUUUCGUAAAGGGAAUGUGCUUCUUGAAAUGGGCAGACAGACUGAAGCUCUCAUCCAGUUCUAUCGUUGCCUGAAACAGCAGCCUGACUUUGCCCCGGCUAAAAACCAGAUUAAGAUGAUCUUGGAAGCAGAGGGCAUGGCUGUACCAGAAGAGGUUUCACGGAUCCUGCAAGUUGUGUCUCAGUACCUGCAGGACCCCUGUCCUAUCACCAGGUCUGUAAGCCCCUCAUGCACAGAUGGUCAACGCUACCUCCACAACAGUGCUGAAACUGAGUCUGACCAGAAUGCAACUAAACCAAAGCACAUCACCAGCGGCGAAUGCUGCCUGAGCCUGUGUCAGGCUGUGUCCUUCCUCCCUACUGCUGAAGAGGAUGAAGAGCUGAUGAUGAAGAGAGAGGAGAAACAGAACAGAGGUGUAUGCUGUGUGGGUAGAGAGUCCUGCCUCAGCGUUCUGACCGUAUCUGAUUUUGAGUGCCCUCUCUGUAUCAGGUUGUUCCAUGAGCCAGUGACCACCCCCUGUGGACACACCUUCUGCAAGAACUGCAUCGAGAGAAGUCUGGACCAUAAAUUACGCUGUCCUCUCUGCAAACAGCCACUGCAGGAGUAUUUUAAGAACAGGAAGUACAACAGUACAGUGGUGCUGCAGGAGAUUAUGACCCGCCUCUUCCCCCAGCAGCUGGCUGAGAGGAAACAGGUGCAUGAAACAGAGAUGGCAGAGCUCUCAAACUUGACCAAGGAUAUCCCAAUCUUUGUGUGCACGGUGGCGUAUCCUGGCAUCCCGUGUCCUUUGCACGUCUUUGAACCUCGCUACCGUCUAAUGACGCGCCGAUGCAUGGAGACGGGCACCAAGAAGUUUGGCAUGUGCAGCUAUGAGCAUGGCAAAGGUUUUUCAGAUUAUGGCUGCAUGUUGGAGAUCCUGGAUCUGGACUUGCUUCCUGAUGGUCGUUCAUAUGUGGAUACGGUGGGUGGGAAUCGCUUCCGAGUGCUCAGGAGAGGACAGAGAGAUGGCUACCACACUGCUGAUAUUGAGUACCUGGAGGACCACAAGGUGGAAGGCGCAGAGCUGGAAAUGCUGCAGAAUCUCCACGACAGCGUGUAUCACCAGGCGAGGGAGUGGUACCAUCGCCUGAACAGCCGCAUUCAGGAGCAGAUCAGCCGGCAGUACGGCAUCAUGCCCGAGAAAGACGACAACAUACAGGAAUCUGCUAAUGGGCCAGCCUGGUGUUGGUGGCUGCUGUCUGUUCUGCAAUUAGAUCCAUCCUAUCAGACCACGGUUCUGUCUCUCACAUCCCUAAAGGACAGACUGGGUCAUCUACGUAUUGUACUAGAAUACUUCUCUCAAGGCUAGCACAGGGACACGGUGGAAGAUGUCUAUUGUUUUUUACUGUAUAUUUUGAUUCAACUGCGAGAGGUUGUCAGCGCUUCUUAAUAAUGUUCCUCACCCCACAAAACUUGAUCGCUUUUUCCUGAUCAUAAUACUUAAGAUCACUUGUGCUUGGUUAGAAAGAAUUGCAAGGCUACGUAUUGCCGCACAAUGGUAUGAUAUCGAGGUAUAUCAGAGCACCAUUACCCAUUUCCGUUAUAUGUUUUUCUUUUCUGGUUAUGGAGAGCUUUGAAUAUAUUGAUGCAUUUUUAUGGACUGUGCAACUAUUGAAUUAGUCAUCUAACUAAAUAAUGGUACUUUAGGUAAGCACUAAAGAAUCAAGGACUUUGUCUACAUAGAACAGCGGUUUAUUGGUGUACGCUGUUUGGUUCAUUAAAGGCCAGAAUGGAUGCUAAAUAUUGUAGCUAAUGCAGUUCAUACCAACAGUGCUGUUGGGGCCAGAAUUUUAAAACGUGCAUUUGCGCAUAUGUGCCAGGAGGCAAACUGUUUACCCUGAGAGACUGAUGAGCAAAUAGAAUCUCAUUAUGUAUAAAUGACACCUUUGUGAGAACAUCCUCAAAAUCUCACUGCUAAACUCUCACGAUUUCGGCCAUGAUCACCAUAUGUUUUUUGAGCAAACCAGAAAUUAUAUUAUCUUUAUCUUUAAACGGAAUAAUUUGAUUAGUGAAACCAACACCACAAUAGCAAUGAUGUAGAAUAAUCUUCCAUUUUUCCAGCUGCAAUAUUCUGAAUGAAUGAACAAAGGCUGCAAGCUCUGCUUUUGUAUUCUCAGUAUUAAGUGUGUUUUAAGCUUGCUGGUAUGAUAAUAGAGAGAAGAGAUGGGAGCAGGACGUUUGUACAUUACUCUUAAACAAAAGCUGAUUUUGAUUCCGUCUGCGUUGUGAAGGUUUUAGCUUUCUGAAAGAUUGUAUGUAAAUUCAUAAGCCUCUUGGUUGAGCAGUGCAUCUCCAAAUGUUUCCGUCCCAGCGAUUUUGGGACUAUUUCUGCGUGCUUGUGCCUUGUGCAUGGCCUUAGUCUGGUUUCAGAUGUUUGCUUGAGGACUUGAUGAUUCAUGUUUUUUUACUUCUGUUCUAGUGCCACAUUCUGAGGAAUGUUAAUACUAUGAUUUUACACGUCCCUAUGUACUUGAGCUUAAAACUCAACUUUAUACUUUGUGCCAUAGGUUUUUGUGUAGCUGCUAAUGGCUGAACGUCCAACAAGAUUUAUCAGACAUUUACCUGCACUGUUAAUUUAUUUGAAGGUCUCAGAUUUGAUUUCUUUGUGCACUGUUCUGACAAUUACUGUCAUUUUGUAUUAUUGUCUAAAAAACAGUUACUUAUGGAGGGCAGUUUGUUUGCACCAGUUUUCAUUGCAGUAUGUUCCGAGUCUAACAAUUCCGCCCUUUUAUUAUUUACAGUAGCAUUCAUCCAUAAACCAAGAUUCAAAGAUCUUCAGAUCUCUGGGUCUUGGUUAUAUUUCUCUUAGCACUGUAAAACACAUGCAUGGUCAAAUAUUUGCUGAGCUGCACAUUACUUGUGACCGCAAUACAACCAGAGUGAUUCAGAAAGAUGUGCACAUAUUUAAUAUAAGUCUUUACAAAAGGGAAAGCUAAGCUAUAUUUAAAUUGAAUUUAGUAAUUUAGAGAAUUUAAACUUUACAUUUACUUAAUAAUGUCUAAUACCUUCCAUCCUCAGGAUACAGGACUUGAAACUCACCUAGAAAGGCUUUAUUCAGACUCUGCUUUGUAAGACUGUACAGUAACAGUGCAUAUGUCUCAAACAUGUAACUGACAUCACACUGAAAUAGCAGCCUUUUGGUUAUUAGCAUACUUGAUAGUACAACUUCAGUCACUUUGUUCUUACAAAUAUAGAGAGGGGUGCUACUAUAGUCAAUUGUUUAGGUUUAAUCUAUGAAUAUCAAGUAGUCAAAUUAAUUUUGACCCAGAUUUUCUUAAGGAAAUUAAGGAAUACAUACUUUCUGGCCAAUUGUUAUUAUAAUAAUUUGCACUUUUAUUGCAAAUGAAUAGUGAGCUUAUACAUGGUAUUUCUUUUUUUUUGGUCACUAAUUUUGCUUAAUGUUAUGUAUUGAUGUGUUUAGAAUUAAGGCAGCAUUAGCCAAACUAUUUUAUAAUUUCGUAAUCCCUUGUGUAAACUAGGGACAUCUAUCAAUAUUUUUUCUUUUGAAAGAUUUGUUUCUAAUAACAUACAAUAAAGGUGACAUAAG